AAGUCUGCGUUUAGUAUUCGUAGAUAAAUUUUCAGGUUAACACGAACCGAGAAACACGCUUUACCUGGCUAUUAUUAACCAUAUGAGCUAAACACAAAGAAAGUAACGAGAAAGGUAUGGAGUUCUAUCCGUCUGAACUUCGUUUCGCCCAGGACAGCAUUGCGGAUUAUUUUCGUGGUGGUAGGACCCUCCAGGACUCGUUCAGGAGCCUACUAAAAGUUGACAGCCCGGAGACAGUGCUUCCUAAAAUGGAUGCGAUGUACUACGAAGGAAAAUUCUUCGUCACAGACGGGAACCGACGUCUGUAUCUGCUGAAAUUACUCGAGUCUGAGGGGCUGGUUACGGGGAAGGUCAGCGUGAAUUUGACGUCGUUCAAUGGAUUUAAAUACACCACCGACAACGACGGCACGUCGGUACGGGUACGGCGGCAAAGAAACAUGGAACAAAUACUGAAGGGGAUAUUGAGAGAAUACAGCCAUCUUCACAGGAAACGAACAGUGUCACAAGUGAAGAGCAGUUUUUACGGCAUCGAUCAAGGUUCUAUUUCAUCAAACUCCAGUUAUAACCGUCAAACGAUCCAAUCAAAUAUGUUUGCUAACCCACCGUCUAUCAGAAGAGUCACGGAGGCACGAACCCAGCAACCUUAUUCCUUCAGUCGAGCAAGUAGUACAGGUUCUGUUUCAUCAAACUCCAGUUAUAACCGGCCGAAAUCGGCAAUGAGCAAAGCCAGCACCAGAAGUCAGUACGGGCAUCAGUCGAUUCAAUCAAAUCAGUUUUAUAACCCACCGUCUAUCAGGGGAGUCGCAGGAGCGCGGACCCCGCAACCUUAUUCCAGCAGCUCAGGUAGCAGUGCCCAUGCUUUCCAUGGAACCAAUGUGGUGGGGUCCAGCAGUCCAGACGUGUAUCUAGAACAAGACUCAAGAGAGAACACCACACAUGUGAAUGUGGUACACUCUUCCAUGAGAAGUAAACCAGCAAGACUGGAAACCAGAAGAGAGAGCAGUAGCUGUAGCAGUGCCCAUGCUUUCCAUGGAACCAAUGUGGUGGGGUCCAGCAGUCCAGACGUGUAUCUAGAACAAGACUCAAGAGAGAACACCACACAUGUGAAUGUGGUACACUCUUCCAUGAGAAGUAAACCAGCAAGACUGGAAACCAGAAGAGAGAGCAGUAGCUGUAGCAGUGCCCAUGCUUUCCAUGGAACCAAUGUGGUGGGGUCCAGCAGUCCAGACGUGUAUCUAGAACAAGACUCAAGAGAGAACACCACACAUGAUACACGGUCAUCAGUGAAUGUGGUACACCCUUCCAUGAGAAGUAAACCAGCAAGACGGGAAACCGGAAUAGAGAGCAGUAGCUGUUGUACCUGCACGAUACUGUAACAAGACCAGAAUGUUUUGGACACUCCACAUUGUCUGCAGUCUUAAACCUAAACAUUUUAAAUCGGAUAUUGUUAGUUCGAACUUUGUACAUUCCUACUUUUAUUCUGCUCUAACUAGUGCUAAUAUAUCAAAAGCCUUAGUGUUCUGUGUAUGAAAAACGUGCAUAAUAUAUGUAUUUUAAAAUACUUCGUCUGCAGAUAAAAUAAUAAAUUAUUUAUAUUGGUGGCUAGUAGCAAUAUCAGUUUUUAGCUGUAGCCCAAGGUGUCGCAGUUGUUAUAUUUAUGAUUGUCACCUAAAAGCUGUUCAUGAAAAUCUCGGUUGCACUGUCAUUUAAUGCUGGUAAUCGUUAUAUUUAUGAAUGUAACCUGAUAGCUGUUGAUGAAAACCUCGGUAGCACUGUGAUUUAAAACUGGUAAUCGUUAUGUUUAUGAUUGUCACCUAAUAGCUGUUGAUCAAAACCUCGGUAGCACUGUGAUUUAAUGCUGAAAAUCGUUAUAUUUAUGAUUGUCACAUGUUAAUAGCUGUUGCACUAGUUAUUAUGGUGCAUAACUACCAACGUCUUGCAAACGCGAUUAAAGCACUCGCCUGAUGCGCGGUCGGUUUAAAAUAGAUCCCCGUCGGUGGGUCCAUUAGGCUAUUUCUCGUUACAGCCAAUGCACCACGACUGCUAUAUCAAAGGCCGUGGUAUGUGCUAACC